AUGCGGAUCAUUGUUGGCACUGUUUGCCUAACCACUGCCGUCUUACUUAAUUCUAUUGAAUUAAGUUUGGAGAGCAAUUCUCCUGAUAAUAAUUUUAUCAGAGGAAAUAACAAUAAUCGUGCAGCAGCAGGUCGUCCAUCCAGGUACACUUUAGUCACUAAUCGGCCACAAAGUGGGCAGGGCACAAGGUAUGGAUUGUUCGAUCUAAUAGCUGCCCAAUCCGUUCAAAGAGCACUGGGUGAUAGCGACGUUGGAUCAGCCAAUUCCUUGCCCCCUCACGUAUUAGCAAAUAUGCACGCACAAAUGCAGCAUGAAAUGUAUCUACACCACAUUGCUCAGCCAUUAUACGUUCAUCAGCAAGCUAAUCAGCGGCCAGCCGCUCCUCCAUCAGCCGCUCAUCAGUUAAAUAAUCAGCACUUAGCCGCUCUUCCGACAGCCACUCUUCAGUUAUUCGAUGAGCGGCCAGCCGCUCAUCUGUUAGCCGCUAAUCAGUUAGUCGAUCAGCAUGCAGUCGCUCAAAAUAAUCACCAAAGACCCAAUAAGGACGAUGGUUUGCUGGAUUUGACCAUGGCAACACGAGGACACCACUAA